AUGACUCCGUAUUCGAAUCACGGCCACAAAUCUUUCGUGCGGUGUUCACGAAUGCGUCAAGUUCACGUCCUCGAGAGAAAUUUGUUGAAGCAUAUGUUUGCUUUGAGGCGGGCCACCGGUUGGCUGGGAUGAUUAAUUCUCAGCCAGCCUUUGCCCACUCGAUAUCUUUACAUCGGGUAACCGAUCCAUCGAUCACGCCGAAUGUCCUUUGACUGCUCUUCUUGCAUUCAAUCAACGGAACGCCUUGAUCACCCUGAACAUCGUGAUGUGUAGAUCAGUAUAGGGAAGUAGAACCAUAUUUAAAAACUUCAACUGUUUGCAGGAUCACGUUGAUAUUCGUUGGUCUUCAUCAGAGUGAAGCCUUGAGGUGGUGUUUCAUGCUUUAUAUAUAUCCUUCCUUUCAGAUGUAGGAGUGCUGACCAAAUUCUCGCCAAUGUUAUCGCCAAGAUACCCGUCAAUGGAGCUUGUGGAUAUUGCUUCACAAUAUAGGAAGCUAGGCUAUCUUGCUGCAGGUGUUGCUGCCGUAUGGCUUUGGGACUUCAUGACGGCUUUCCUGGACUAUGUGCGCCUGCUUGCGACACGUCGUAUAUCGUUGACCGAUGUGACGUAUAUCGCAGCUCGCAUAUCAUCAGCAGGGUCUCUCAUUGCGGCACUCGUUCAAUUAGUUGCAUCUCCCGAUGAUUGCGACUUAAAGUCUCGAGCUGUCAAUUGGUUCGCAGCAAUCGCUCUGCCAUGUAAUUCUUUGCUUUUCUUCCUUCGCGUCAGAGCCGUCUUCCGCGAAUCGCGUCUCAUCGUUGGUGUCUUCGCUCUUCUAUGGCUUUCUACCUUCACGACAAUCACCAUACCACUGAGCUCGCAUGGAAUCAUGUUGGAGACCAUACGAGUGUGCUCAAAUUCUACGUUACAGUCUUACGACUCUAUAGGGUUUGUCGCAGUAGCGGUUUUUGACACCUUGGUCCUUAUCGCCAUAUCCGUCCGAGUCCUAUCCGGGAGUAUGGCGAUUUCAUGGAGCGAAAGAUGCCGGUCCCUCCUGAGCGGAAAGGGUUUGGGCACCGUGUCGAGAAUACUUCUUCAAACGGGACAGCUAUACUAUUUGGCGACUGUCGGGGUCAACAUUGCCAUGGCCAUCCUCAUCUUCACCUCGGAAUCCGAAGCCGUACAGGUCGGCGUUGCUAUUGUCGGUGUUGCAUUGCAGAAUAUCAUGGCAUGCAAAGUAUAUCGCCUUUUGAAGCUAGGGCUUAUUGAAACUCUGCCUUUGGGAAUGUGGACUGUCCGUUUGCCAACUGAAGUGGAGUUAGCUGUUAUGCCUACAGUUAAUGUGAACAUUGCUCACGAGGAUAUGGGAAGAACUACAGAUGACAAUAAGUGGGGGUUAAAUGAAAUUGUAUAACUGCGAGACAAAACUUGUACAUUACAGACAUUUGCGGAAUGAUAGGCCACUUUGGCGAAAAAUCCAGU